UUCACGCUUGCCUUUCUACUUUCUGCCAAAACUUUAUCUUCUGCAACUCUACAUCUCUGCUCUGCAUAAUUCUUAUACCGCUAAACCAGAGAAGCCAUGGAGAGGCUUCUAUACUCGUCCUCUCCAACCCCUUUCAAGGUCUGCCAGAAGCCUCAUCCCUUUCUCUCUCGACUCGGUCGAUUUAACUCGCCGAAAUUGAAUCUACUUUCGCUAACACGACCGGAGCACAGGCGACUCAGCUCAAUUUCGUGCAACAGCGAAAACCCAUCUCCAGUUUCUCCAUAUCAGUCUAGUGUAAGCAAGUUUGUGCUGUCUAACAAUUCUCACAGAGGCGAUUCAGCAAAUGGAUCAUUACCCAGUGCCAAUUUCCUCGAUCUCAUAGCCGCUGGAGGCUCUGGGACGAGAAAGGCAGUUUCUGCAGGGACAUUUAUGAUACUUUCUGCCAUCAUUGUGUUCUUGAUCCAACCUGUUUUUGCUCCAGCAGCCUUUGCAUCCUUUCAAACUGCAGCUAAGACUGGGGGUCCUGCAGCUGCUGGUGUUGGUGGCAGAGAAUUAUUAAGCAGUGCGUGGACUGGUUUCUUUGCUGGUUGCUUACAUACACUAUCAGGGCCUGAUCACCUAGCUGCUCUGGCUCCACUCUCAAUUGGCCGUACUCGAAUGGAAAGUGCUGCAGUUGGAGCUCUGUGGGGUUGUGGGCAUGAUACUGGUCAGGUUAUCUUUGGAUUAUUGUUUCUACUCUUAAAGGAUCGCCUCCACAUUGAAGUUAUCCGGACUUGGGGUACAAGAGUGGUGGGCUUAACUCUACUUGCUAUUGGUGCCUUGGGAAUUAGGGAAGCUUCAGAAGUUCCUACUCCAUGUGUUGCCCUAGACAAUGGUGAGUGCGAUGUUAGUGCCUAUGAAGCACUUGAGAACCCAUCAUUAGGGAAAAAGAAGAAGAUAGGCUUUGCCACUUUUGCCACUGGGAUCGUCCAUGGUCUGCAGCCAGAUGCACUGAUGAUGAUUUUGCCUGCAUUGGCAUUGCCAUCUCGUGUGGCUGGCGCUGCAUUCCUUAUCAUGUUCUUGCUUGGAACUGUAGUUGCAAUGGGAAGUUAUACUGUACUUAUAGUCUCAUGCAGCCAAGCAUUAAAGGAUAGAGUGCCCAGAAUAACAGAGAAGCUCACUUGGGCUUCUUCCCUUAUAGCAAUUGCUCUUGGAAUAGCCAUUCUCGUCAGCCAGUUUUUUGGAUAUAGCCUUUAUUGAUCCAUCUGACUCGAUAUCAAGAUUUGCUUGAAAAAGCUUCUCAUAGAGUAACAAAAGGCCUUCGAAAUGAUAUUGAGAUUUGUUACAGAGAAAUACCAUUUACGCAGCAUCUUGUCCUGGUGAGAUUCAUUAUCUUGCUUUUACGAGUAUUUUUAUCCUUGCAAUUGAACCCUUUCUUGAAUUUUGAUGUUUUGAUUUAAGUUCUCUAUUUCAUUUGUAUGGAAUUUGCCUGUCAUUAUGAAUUAUCCGAUACUUAAAGAUCAGUUCUGCAAUGCCAUGUAUAAGUUUAUCAGCAUCAUGCUCUUCCAUGGCUGACUAUGUGGUUCCAGCACAACAAUCAUGUAUCAUCAAGUCCCCUUAGUUGCUUAUUUAUCGGUGACCAAGGAAGAAAAUGAAAAUGGAACCUCAGU